GGUGAGCCCUUGGGGCUGAGGUUCUGCUGCUGGCAGAGAGAAGGGUGGGGUUGGCAUGGGGCAAUGUCUGAGGUACCAGAUGCACUGGGAGGAUUUGGAAGAAUACCAGGCCUUGACCUUCUUAACCAGGAAUGAAAUCCUGUGCAUCCACGACUCCUUCCUGAAGCUCUGUCCCCCCGGGAAGUACUACAAGGAGGCCACGCUCACCGUGGAUCAAGUCAGCUCCCUGCCAGCCCUGAGGGUCAACCCUUUCAGAGACCGAAUCUGCAGAGUGUUCUCCCACAACAAUGUGUUCUCCUUUGAGGAUGUGCUGGGCAUGGCGUCUGUGUUCAGCGAGCAGGCCUGCCCCAGCCUCAAGAUAGAGUACGCCUUCCGCAUCUAUGAUUUUAAUGAGAACGGCUUCAUUGACGAGGAGGACUUGCAGAGGAUCAUCCUCCGGCUGCUCAACAGUGACGACAUGUCAGAAGACCUGCUGACCGACCUCACCAGCCAUGUCCUGAAUGAGUCGGAUCUGGACAACGACAAUAUGCUGUCUUUCUCAGAGUUUGAACACGCAAUGGCCAAAUCUCCAGAUUUCAUGAACUCCUUUCGGAUUCAUUUCUGGGGAUGUUGACAUGAACACAAAUACCUGCUCUGGUGGCCUUGAAGGGGACUUGGAAUUCAACCCUCUGCAGGCACUAGAGGAAAUCUGCCUAGAAGAAUGACUUUGUCCCCAUCCCUCCCUUACUUCUAGAAUAUUGUUUAUUCAAUAAAGCAAAAUUAAAGCC